CAGAAGAUACACUAAAUGUUUUGCAUAAAACCAUGGAAAAGAUUACUGUUGAAGACUGUAGUUUUCCCAGAUCUUGAGAUAUAUGUUGACUGUGUCAUUUCGAAGAAUCAAUGUUUUUCAAAUGUGAUCCAUUCAGAAGAAGGAAUAUUUUUAAUAUAAUUCAAGGUACUAAAAUUAUUGUUUUCAGCACCUUCUGCUCCUGAUAAUUUAGUUGUGCAGGUUUAUGGGAGAACAUUUCAAGUGACAUGGCUGGCUCCAAAACACAUCAAUGGAAAUAUUGAUGACAUCAUCUAUGACUUACAGCUACUGAACUAUUCAGGUAGCGUCAUCACAUCAGUGAAAAUACCCGCUGGUCAUCAACUGAACGCGGUGUUUAAUAUUUCUGAAAAUGGACGAUACACGGUUGUCAUAUCUGCGGUUAACACAGCCAUUGGUGAGCGAAGUAAAGAAAUCAGACAAGUGAUGAAUGUAGUAAACCCAGUGCCUGAUUUUGUGCCACAAAUUAUCAGCCUUAGUGGAGUUGGAGCCCACCGAAUUGCCAUCAACUGGACUGUUCCAGUGGAAAAAAAUAUUUACCCACCCAUUGAUGGCUACUUGGUUUACACCAAAAGACCUACUGAAGAUGCAAAUUUUGCCAAGACGAUUGUUGACAACAUUUCUACAGAAAAUGUUGUCAUUGUCGGGUUGGAGGAAAGGUCACAGUAUGAGUUCAGAGUGGCAGCAUUUAACACAGGAGGUCAAGGUCCAUUGUCAGACAGCAAGGAGGCAACAACUCAAUAUGAGCAGUUCAGUGCGGCAGCAUACACGAGUGACUGGCAGAUCUCUGGGUGGGAGGCGGCCCUCAUCACAGGCUGUCUCGCAGCGUUACUGGCCAUUAUCUGCCUCGUGGUCAUCGUCAUUCAGCAUCAUCACAUGAAGAAGAGGGACAGCGUGUCCUUUGUGAAGCCCUCACAAGCCCUCAGUAGAUUUUACCUCCAGAAUCCCAAUGUUGCGUAUUAUCCCGAUGGACUGUUGAAUGGUGAUGGUUCCUCUGGGUACGACAAUUUAGCAUAUGGUGAUGGAUCAAGUGAUGACUAUGUUCAGUUCAUAAAAGCAAACUGGAACAGAGAUGUGAGGCUGGGAACACUCAGUAGCAAGGAUGGAUCAGAAGUUUUGUUUAACCAUGUCAACCCGGCAUUUGACCAAAAUGAAAUGUUUGAGAUGAACGGACAGGAUGACCUUCUACAUGACCUUGACACAGAAAUUCAUCAACCUAGGAGACAGAACAGCAUUACCGCUGAUUCAGGUGUGACCUAUGAUCUGCCAAGCAGUAUAUCGGAUGGGGAUCUUGAUGGGAACUUUAUUCUGUUGCCUAAACCAGAUCAAGUUGAUAGGACCAGCAAGGAUCGGGAACAUGCUACCCAGGAGGUCAAAAUUGAUUUCCCAGAUGAUACCAGUUUAUCGUCCAGUUUUUCAUAUGGAAGCAACUCGAUGAGGCGGACAAAUGACAUGAAUAACCUUUUCAAACGUUUAUGAUGAAGAAAGGAAGGAAAUGUUUUGUUUAACGACUCACUCAACACAUUUUAUUUACGGUUACAUGGCAUCGGACAUAUGGUUAAAGACCACACAUAUAUUGAAGGAGGAAACCCAC